AUGGAAAAUAGCCCUUUGCUCACUAAUCUUACUCACGUUCUCAUCCUUUCCUUGGAAUUUCGUCCUUCUCCUAACACGGACGUCGCUCAAAUUCCUCUUAUAGCCACUCAUUUGUCCUUCAAUACUUUACCCAAAUCUGUCCAAUCUUUGGAAUCUGGUGCAAAGAUGAUUUACUUGUGCAGUGAACCUAAGGACACUUUCAUUUCUCUUUGGUAUUUCAUGCAUAAAUUCACGUGGCUGCAGCAAGGAGAAGAUCAGUUGUCAGAUAUUGGAUUAACUACAACAGAAUUUUCAAUUUCCUUCGAAAAAGAGUUGGAGCUGUUCUGUGAAGGGAAAACAAUGUGGGGACCGUACUGGGAUCAUGUUUUGGGGUAUUGGGAACAAGCCAGAAUCGAUGAAACCAACAACUUGGUGCCCGGGGCCGGAACGCUACCUGACAACAGCAAUGAGGCUCGAAUCGAAGAACCCGAAAUUCGAGCCGAAGUACCACUGGAUAUCAAUUCGCAAAUAGCUCUAGAAGCGAAUCAGCAUUCUGAACCGGAGAGAAGCGUUCAGGGCGGUGCUCGAUCCAUAGCCCGAGACACCUACAGCACGGGGGAAAUCGGG